UAGGAUAGCAAAAAUGACGAGAUGGCUUCGAAACGAAUAACAAAUGACGCUCCGUAGUUCUACACUAUCAAAUAACAGAAAGUACGCAGCGGAAAACCAUCUGCUUUGCGGAUAAACGUGCAACAAAUACGCAACGCAAAGCACAUCCAAGAAAACCAGGCCCAGAACCCACCAGCUACCAAACCAGCAAUACACACGAGCACACACACAUACAAAUUAUAGGAGCAGCAGCAGCAGCAGUAGCGCCAGAAGAAGCACCCGAAGGAGCAGCGUCCAAGGAGUCAGGAGCUAGUCGCUAGCCGGGAGGAGACGACCAAACACACACACACAAAAAGCGACACAAAUGGCCGAUGGAAAUGGGCUGCCAGCAGGUGCAGCUUCCGGUGCUGGUGGCAUCAUCGAGGGCGGACAAACAUUAAACUGCGGUGUGGCCACAGCCACCGUGGGCAAUCCAGCGGGUGUAAGUGUGGGUGCCGCAAGUGGCAGCAACAGCAGUGCUAGCAACAGCAGCUUGAGCAGCAGCAGUGGCGGUGGUAAUGGGAGUGGCGGUGGCGGUGGCGGCAGUGCUGCCAAUCAAGGAUAUCAUCAAUUAAGCGUGACAAUCGAGGAGGCCUCACUGCGCAACAAUGGCUUCCUCAAGCCAAAUCCCUAUGUGGAGCUGCUGAUCGAUAGCAAAAGUAAGCGAAAGACGGAUCAGGUCAAGAAUAGCUAUCUCCCCAAAUGGAAUGAAGAGUUUACAGUGCUGAUCACGCCCCACUCCACGCUGCACUUUAAGGUGCUGGAUCAUUCAAGUUUCCGCAAAGAUGCCAUGCUGGGGGAGCGCAUCAUCAAUCUAGCCCACAUCCUGCAGCACUACAACGGCCGCUGUGAGUUCCUGGAGCUGACCAUCGAUCUGUUUGUCACCUCCAAGUCGGACAAUCGACAGACCAAGAGCGGCGAACUUGUGGCCAUACUCAACGGAUUGAAGCUGGACAUGAGCAAGCUGCAGGUCCAACAGAAUGGCAAUGCCGUCCAGGCGGUGAACCCGGCUUUAACCGAUCCAGCCGCAGCUGGCCGUAGCUGCAUGAUCUACGGCGGAGUGAGGGCCAGGAUGCGGCUGCGCUCAAGCAAUAGCAAUAGCAAUCCGGAGACACUCGCCAAUCGUUCACUGGGAGCGAAUGGUGUGGAUACCAGAGCGGCCAUUCUAGGCCCACCAGUGUGGGAGCAACAGCAGCAACAGCCGCCGCCACAGCAGCAGCAGCAACCCCUAAGGAUGGUCAAUGGAAGCGGAGUAGGAGCAGCGGCUGUGCCGCAAACAGCACCCUAUCCUCAACAGCCGCCAGCACCAGUUGUGGCGCCGCAGCCCAGGCCCAUGACCCAGGUCUAUGCCAAUGGCGUAAUGCCAGAGAAUCCACCCCCGCCAGCUGGUGUCUACAUGCCAGCGGGACCAGGAGUACCGAUGGAUCAGCAGCAGGCGGGCAUUGGACUGCCUGUGAGUCAGAGCACAGAUCCCCAACUGCAGCCACAGCCGGCGGAUGAUGAGCCGCUUCCCGCUGGCUGGGAGAUACGCUUGGAUCAGUACGGACGUCGCUACUAUGUGGAUCACAAUACCCGUUCCACGUAUUGGGAGAAACCCACGCCGCUGCCGCCCGGCUGGGAGAUACGUAAGGAUGGGCGGGGACGCGUCUAUUACGUGGACCACAACACACGGAAGACCACAUGGCAGCGGCCGAACAGCGAGCGCCUGAUGCACUUCCAACACUGGCAGGGACAGCGCGCGCAUGUAGUGUCGCAGGGCAAUCAGCGGUACCUUUACUCCCAGCAACAGCAGCCGACGGCAGUGACCGCCCAAGUGACGCAGGACGAUGAGGAUGCGUUGGGUGUGCUGCCCGAUGGCUGGGAGAAAAAAGUGCAAUCGGACAAUCGUGUGUACUUUGUGAACCACAAGAAUCGCACCACCCAAUGGGAGGAUCCUCGCACGCAGGGCCAGGAGGUGAGCCUGAUAAACGAAGGCCCCCUACCCCCCGGAUGGGAGAUACGCUAUACGGCAGCGGGCGAGCGUUUCUUUGUGGACCACAAUACGAGGCGCACCACCUUCGAGGAUCCGCGACCGGGUGCACCCAAGGGUGCGAAGGGUGUGUAUGGCGUUCCGCGUGCCUAUGAGCGCAGCUUCCGCUGGAAGUUGUCGCAGUUCCGAUACCUGUGCCAGAGCAAUGCCCUCCCAUCGCAUAUCAAGAUUACGGUGACGCGACAGACGCUCUUCGAGGACUCGUACCAUCAGAUAAUGCGCCUGCCCGCCUACGAGCUGCGUCGCCGCCUGUACAUAAUCUUUCGCGGCGAGGAGGGUCUCGACUACGGUGGUGUGUCCAGGGAGUGGUUCUUCCUACUGUCGCACGAGGUGCUCAAUCCCAUGUAUUGCCUGUUCGAGUACGCCAACAAGAACAACUACAGUUUGCAGAUCAAUCCCGCCUCCUAUGUGAAUCCCGAUCAUCUGCAGUACUUCAAGUUCAUUGGACGCUUCAUUGCCAUGGCCCUGUACCAUGGACGGUUCAUCUACAGCGGCUUUACGAUGCCCUUCUACAAGCGGAUGCUCAACAAAAAGCUGACCAUCAAGGAUAUCGAAACAAUUGAUCCCGAAUUCUACAAUUCGCUCAUUUGGGUAAAAGACAACAACAUUGAUGAGUGUGGCCUGGAACUGUGGUUCAGCGUGGACUUUGAAGUCCUCGGACAGAUCAUCCAUCACGAGCUGAAAGAAAAUGGCGAAAAGGAGCGUGUGAACGAGGAGAACAAAGAAGAAUAUAUAACGCUUAUGACGGAAUGGAGGAUGACACGUGGCAUUGAACAGCAGACUAAAACCUUCCUGGAGGGCUUCAAUGAGGUUGUACCAUUGGAAUGGCUCAAGUACUUUGAUGAGCGCGAGCUGGAGCUGAUCUUGUGCGGCAUGCAGGAUGUGGACGUUGAAGACUGGCAGCGCAAUACCAUCUACAGGCACUACAAUCGCAACUCCAAGCAGGUUGUCUGGUUCUGGCAGUUUGUGCGUGAAACGGACAAUGAGAAGCGCGCCCGUCUGCUGCAGUUUGUGACGGGGACGUGUCGUGUCCCUGUGGGUGGCUUCGCCGAGCUGAUGGGCUCCAAUGGACCGCAGCGCUUCUGCAUCGAGAAGGUGGGCAAGGAGACCUGGCUUCCGCGGUCGCAUACGUGCUUCAAUCGAUUGGAUCUGCCGCCGUACAAGAGCUACGACCAGCUGGUGGAGAAGUUGACCUUUGCCAUUGAGGAGACUGAAGGCUUCUGCCAGGAAUGAGUGGCAGUUGAUUUGUGGUCGGUUUGUUGAUUAAUGUUUAAUUCCAAUUGAGCGCCUGUCCCCCACCCCCCAUACACCCAUCCUCAUAUCCUUGUGAACGAACGUCCAUGGUUGCGUUGAUAUAGUUACUGUUAUUAUUAUUACGUUUACGUAUAAAUAUGUAUAUGUAUUACUUUGUAUACACACAGAAACACUUUUUGUAUGUCGUGUCUAUAUAAUUCCUAUGUUCGCUACCACCUAAAGAUCUGUAAUCUGUAAUCUAUAAUCUAUAAUUGUUUACAUCCCGCAAUCGCAUCCGAGUGUUGAGUAUUUUGCCAUAAGAUUGCAACGACCCCUACCACUCCCCCGCUUCUGAUCCUUUGCUUCUAGUUCAAUUUUACAACGAGCCCUGGUCCCUGGUCCCUCGUCCCCUGCCCCUUGCCCCCACUUACUGUUGCCCUAUAAUUGCAUUGUAAAUAGUUUGACACGAAAACAUAUACACCGGAAAAUUGUUAAAGAAA